AGUGAUCUCACCCAGCUCUUUCCGAUUGGAUGGCUAUAUUAAGAAAAUGAUCCGGAUCUUUAAAAAGCAGGCGAACAUUAGUUUUCCUUCAGAAAUAGCGGCCGAAACGGAGAGAAAGGGACAGAGAAAGACAAGGCGUUAUAUAACUAUUCAUUGUGGAAUUGCUUUGUCUACACACCGCUUUUUAGCUUUGUAUUUUAGAGACUACACAAUAUUAAAUUAGCACUAAAUCGCGUUUUAUUACAAAGGCAAAAGUUCAUAUUCUUGUGUUUUAUUUUUGCACAAAUAUUCCGCAACAAAAUCUAAUGGCUGCUAUCAGGAAGAAGCUGGUGGUGGUCGGAGAUGGUGCUUGUGGUAAAACGUGCCUGCUUAUCGUCUUCAGCAAAGACGAGUUCCCCGAGGUGUAUGUGCCAACAGUCUUUGAGAACUAUGUCGCCGACAUCGAGGUGGACGUCAAACAAGUUGAGCUGGCUCUUUGGGAUACCGCUGGCCAGGAAGACUACGAUCGCCUCCGCCCUCUCUCCUACCCGGACACCGAUGUGAUCCUGAUGUGCUUCUCCGUGGACAGUCCCGACUCGCUGGAAAACAUCCCGGAGAAGUGGGUGCCCGAAGUGAAGCACUUCUGCCCAAACGUGCCCAUCAUUUUAGUAGCCAACAAGAAGGAUUUGAGGAACGACGAAAGCGUCCGCAACGAACUGGCGAGGAUGAAGCAAGAGCCGGUGAAAACUGAGGACGGCCGGGCCAUGGCAGUGCGAAUCGGAGCCUACGAUUACCUGGAGUGCUCGGCCAAAACCAAAGAUGGAGUGCGGGAGGUUUUUGAGACUGCAACGAGAGCUGCACUCCAGAAGAGAUCCAGACCGUCGGGUGGUUGUGGGAACUGCUGCAAACUGUUGUGAUUUCUAACACAAUAUAACUGCGACUGAUCAUGAACCGAAACGCUUACUUCUAAGCAAGUAUCACGAGACCCUCUCCGGCAAUCGGUGCCAAGAUUCAAACUCUCAAAAAAUCUGACUUGUGUGCGUUUUCUUUCUUGUGUCGAGAAAAUAUGGGAGAGAUAUUUUCACCUGACAUAAAAUAAGACUAUUUGCUGAUUGGCCGGGUGGAUUCGGGAUUCAGAGCUAUGGUCAACAGCAAGCCGUGUAAAUCUAGGUCUGAAAUCUGUAAUUCGGGACUGUGAAACGUUUAGCUGCUGUGUUAAUUAUUAACUAUAUCGUCCGGCCACCCCGGGGAAGCAGAGGGGAUGAGAAGCCACCUGGAAAAUGGACAGUUUAAGUUCGUGAUUUGAAGUGUGUGGUGUGGUGGGGUGGGGGAUAUCAAUUGAGAAGUGAUUAGACCAGCUAGGAUGGACUGCUUAAUAAAGUUCUUUAAACCAGGGGCAUGCAGUGAGCCAAGAUUAUUUUAAAAAAAAGGCUUUGUCACCACAGAUACGAUGCCUGCUUUUCAGUCAAGAGUGACUGCUGAUGCUGUAUUUUAUAGUUGAUGUAUUGAAAACAAAGUGUCAGGUUUAUUUUGAUUUUUUUUUUUCUUUGAUUGGUUGCACAAAUGGGUUUUAUGCCACAGUGAUGCACUUACACCAUCAGCAUAAAACAUUGAAGCAUUCUCAACUUUAUUUAUUUUUUUAACCAUCACAUCAAUGUAUCCAGCUCUAUUUUGAUAAGUUAGGUAUUGUGAGUGGUAAAGCCACUGUACUAUUUGCCUCGAAACCUUGUGGCAUCACAGAAUUAGGUGGAACUUGUAACACAGAUGGUAAUUCUUUUAAAUGUGUUAUUUAAUAAAAAAAAAAAAAAAAAAAAAAAAAA